AUGGGUUGUCCUGUCAAUCUCAAACAUCCCAUCAUAACAUUUUUCAGAGUGGGAUUGAGGUCAGCCACUGAGGAUCCUGGAAGCAUGAUGGGCGCCACCUUCAGGUCAGGUCUUACCCAGCCUUCCCGGCAUGGUUCCAUUCCCGCCCGUGGCCACACCAUUCCCGUCAUCACACCUUUCCCGCCCUCACACCAUUCCCGCCCAUGGCCACACCAUUCCCGCCCAUGGCCACACCAUUCCCGCCCUCACACCAUUCCCGCCCAUGGCCACACCAUUCCCGCCCACACACCAUUCCCGCCCUCACGCCAUUCCCGCCCAUGGCCACACCUUUCCCGCCCACACACCAUUCCCGCCAAUGGCCACACCAUUCCCACCCAUGGCCACACCAUUCCCGCCCAUGGCCACACCUUUCCCACCAAUGGCCACACCAUUCCCACCCAUGGCCACACCAUUCCCGCCCUCACACCAUUCCCGCCCAUGGCCACACCAUUCCUGCCAAUGGCCACACCAUUCCCACCCAUGGCCACACCAUUCCCGCCCUCACACCAUUCCCGCCCAUGGCCACACCAUUCCCGCCCUCACACCUUUCCCGCCAAUGGCCACACCAUUCCCACCCUUGGCCACACCAUUCCCACCCAUGGCCACACCAUUCCCGCCCAUGACCACACCUUUCCCGCCAAUGGCCACACCAUUCCCACCCAUGGCCACACCAUUCCCGCCCUCACACCAUUCCCACCCAUGGCCACACCAUUCCCAACCAUGGCCACACCAUUCCCGCCCAUGGCCACACCUUUCCCGCCCAUGGCCACACCAUUCCCACCCAUGGCCACACCAUUCCUGCCAAUGUCCCUCGGCUUCCUGCCAGUGUCCUCGAACCUCUCCGUCAGGAUCUUUGAAUCCAGCCAAAGUCUGAGGAUUUCCCGCCAGUACCAGUAA